AUUCAACCCUAAGAGGUCGUUUAUGUUCUCUGAACUGCUAAUGUAGUUUGUUUAUUUGGUUUUUGGAAUUGGACAAAGAACAAUAUAACGGAUAGAGGUGCCGAGAAGAUUAGUCACACGGAUAAUCUCACACUUCCAGAUCUUCUUUAGAUUCUUGUUUUUCUUAGUUUAUUUCAUUACCCUUACUAUUUUCUGGUUUUCCUCUAAUCGGAUAACAAGUCUAAAAGUAUGGAUGAAGAACGAAUUCCUUCAUGCGAACAAAACAGAGCAGUAGAGGGUGAAGCCAUCGAUUUCCUAGCUUCUCUGCAUUGGGAUGAAGCGAAUGAAAUCAGUAUUCUACAAAAUCCUUUCACGUUCUUUUCUCCUUGGAGAACUAAUUUGGAAACGAAAGUGAAGAAAACCACUAAGCGAAAGAUAAAGAUGGCAACCACCGAGACUUGCAAAGGCGAAGAUAUCCAAUUCGAUAUAAGGAAGAGUUUUGAGCAUCAUUUGACUUUACCUAAAUCAAACUUGAACGCUCUGAAAAAGAGAAAUUCUCCAACAUUGUACAAGACUGCCGAUGUUGAUCAAUGCAAGAAACUAACAAAAAUACAUAAAGAGACCCAUUUAAUUAAACCACCCAAUUUGGAAGAAUUUCACUUAAGUAAAAGUAAAAAGAAUAAACUCAAUAAUUAUAAUCCUCUUCCAGCUUUAUCGGUACCACUUGUUGAUUGCCGGAGUGACCACCUAGUAGAAGCUAUAAAACAAAGAAUGGAAGAAAUCGAAAAAGAUGAAAAGAGACGAACCAUGUCCGAACCUCCAGUUGCUCAACGUGGAAAUAACCAGGGUGGUGGUUUUCAUGGUUUGAGUAUUGGACAAACAAGGUUUACCCGGGUACCACCACCCCCUCAUUCCCAUACUCAUACUCAUACAACUGCAGUUGACCUAUUACCGGUCAUCUCGGGGAAGAAAGUAGCCAUUUCUGGUCAAAGGCUUAAAACUGGAUUAUGCAAAUGA